GUCCUAAAUAAAAAAAAUAAUCUGUCAGCUGGAAGUGUUAUUCUGCGGUGUUAUUGUUGUUGUUUGCUAUAUUUUUGUGGACAACGUGAUAUUUUGGGCUUUUAAACUGAAUAUUUAAUAAGACAAUCAUUAAAAAUGGAUGUAUAUGGGUAUUCAUUAUACCAAUAUAAUCAGUCUGAUGAACUUGUAAAACAAAUGUUUAAUCAGCCAGGCUAUCCCAAUUUACCGGAGCCUCACGUCAUGCCGGCGCCUUCUGGGGCCCCGUGGAACAUCCAAGGCUUGUCCUGGGGCAUGCCAUCACCUCCUCAACUGGUGCAGUUCACAGCAGAGUCGCAAGAGUUGGAGCCGAAAUUACCCGUUGUGCAUUGCAAAAGGAAGAGUGCUGAAGUUGAGCCUGUGAUACCAGCAAAACAGCUAAUAACAGAAGAGAAAAUGGCCGCCCACCUCCGUGGUCUCCAUAUAUCUUCCGACUACACAUCACACACCUCCGAGGACAUGAUGGAGGUGACAAUGGAGUCAGUACCGUCCACAAGUGGAACAUAUGUCAGUGAGAAACUGAAGGGACAUACAAUUGUGCUCUCUGAAGAACUUAAGAAGAUUAAGGAUGAACCAUUGUUACCGGCUGCACUUAUUGAAAGAUUGGAAAAACCCAGUAUGUCAUUAGUAGUCUGGAAACCCCGUGAAAAUAUAUUGGAGAAGUUGAAAGAUGAAGAAAAGAAACAAAACACAGAAGAUCCACCGAAAAGAAAUGGCGUCCUUGUACCCAACGAUAUCAGUAUUGAUGAUAUUGAGAUGUGAUGUGUGGACUUACAUUAAGACUUAUUAUUUAGAAGUAAGUCAAAAGAACAUUAGCAAUUUGAAUAAAGUAGGUUAUGUUAAGACUUAAUUCAGAUUUGAUAAUUUACCGACAAUUAUCUUUAUUGAGAUAUAAAAUAACAGAUAAUACCUAGAUUCAGAUUGUUUUAAUUCUAGCUUUUAUCUUCAUUGCAAGAUACAGAAAACAAUGUAAAUAUCUAUUUAGUCUUAACUUAACUUAGAUUUUUCAAAUUGUCAUUAGUAAUUAAAAAUUGAAUCACCGAUAAUGUAAAAAGUAAAGUGUACUAGUUCCAUAAAAAACAUAUUUUUGGUAUAGCAUAUAACCCAUCAUAUUUAAUGUUAUUAAUAAUAGUUUUACAAAUCCAAUACUUUUGAUUGUGUUGAAGCUUUUGUAGUAUCAUUAAAUCAAUGUGUUUGGUUUUUACUGAAUUUUCAAUAAUCUCUAUGUUCUAUGCUUUGGCUAAGAUAUUUAUUGUUGGUCUUGUUGCAUAAUAGAGGGUGCUCCCGAAAGUUGUUAAAAUAAGUUUGUCUCUGCUAACGCAGACGGCAAAUUUUUUUUAAGUGUUCAAUAUUCACACAGUUUUCAAUUAAAUUGUUUUGAAACCACAUUUUUUAUUAAUAUAAAUGCAGUAUGAAAUGCAUUAGCAUGGGAAAGUGACUUCCCUGCAUCUUUAAUUGCAGUGGCGUGGAUUUCAGAUAUAUCAUGAAGUAUCGCUAAUCAUCCCGGCCAUUCGACACAAUCAUAUCGGUCCAAUGAAAACCUAUUGAUCGGACAGAUUCCGGAACGAGACACACUUACAUGGCCAUCAUGGCAGGGUUUACACCCUGUGUAUGGUGGCUAUGGGCAGAUAAAAAUGUCCUACCACCAGUAAAUGUUAUACGCACUAAUAUUAUCCGCAACUUCGUUACUUGUCUGUCACUCAGUAAAUUAGUCGUAAAGUCUGUCGUCUGCAAUACGCAUAGUAACUUGUUUACUAAAUUUAUUGUGAAUUUUAUUUCGUAUGUAGCACAUCGAUUUUACGCAAAAUAAUUUUGUAACGAAUAUUUUAUAUUUUGACUAAAACAAUGCGGCUUAGACGUUACUAAAACCUACAGUACAAUUUUAUAUAAUAGGACUACCUGUUAGGAAAAAAUGUUUAAAAAUUAAGUAUUAAUUUUUAAACAUUAAGUAUAAUAAAUGAAAAUUUUGAUAUUUCCGAUUUCGAUUAUAAAGAUUUCACAAUAUGUGUCAAAAAUCUCUUUAGGAUUCUAGAGAAUUAAGUCCCCUUUUUUAUAACUUAUAGUUUUAAUUAAUACCCUUACCGUUUUGAUGUAAGUAUUUAAUAUUGUACUUCAAUAGUAACUCGAGUCUUCGCAGCUAACUAGUGUUGUAAAUAUAUUAUAGUUUUAUAUAGUGAACAUCUGAUGACUUCGUGCGGUAGUCUGUAAGGUAUGAAUGAUUGGUUUUGUACUGUUUGGGUUUUAUGCAAAUAAAUGUGAAAUACGCAUUU